AUGUCGCAUGGUUUACAAUCUGUUCGUGAUGCUAUAAUUCUUGCUCGAGCAGGCCAGUAUAUUUCUGAUGCCGAGUUCAUUUUACUUUUCGAUUACAACUGGUCAAAACCAUUGUUCCCAUAUUGGAAAUUUGAUGAAUUUAAUAUGGAUACUUGGGAUGAUGAAGAAUGCAGAACUGAAUUACGGUUUGCCAAGGGAGAUCUGCCUGUGUUAAAAGCUGUAUUAGGAGUUCCAGAUAAAAUCACCUGUCAACAAGGGACAACAUGUUCAGGAGACAAAGCACUCUGUAUUUUGUUGAAACGAUUUGCAUACCCAUGUAGAUACUCGGAUAUGGUGAGCAGAUUUGGUAGAAAUCCUUCAGAGCUAUGUUUGAUUUUUAAUGAAGUGUUGGAUUUUUUGUAUGAGCGACAUCACCAUCGCCUUCAAAGUUGGAAUCAGCCAUUUUUGUCACCACAAAUCCUUCAAAUUUAUGCUGAUGCCAUUCACAACAAGGGUGCCCCACUGGAUAACUGCUUUGGGUUUGUUGAUGGUACUGUUCGACAAAUUCCGCGGCCAAAGUAUCACCAAAGAGUUAUGUGUAAUGGUCAUAAAAGAGUCCAUUCAAUUAAGUUUCAAAGUGUUGUUCUACCUAAUGGUCUCAUUGGAAACCUUGCUGGUCCCUAUGAAGGUAAACGACAUGACAGUAUGAUGCUCCAAGAAUCUGGUCUCUUAACAAACCUACAACAGAUUGCCUUCUACAACAACAACCCCCUUUCCAUAUAUGGUGAUCCUGCUUAUCCACUGGGUGUUCAUUUGCAAGCACCAUUCAGGGAAAGAGAGCUUACACCGGCAAUGGCAGAGUUCAACAGGGAGAUGAGCCGGGUUCGAGUCUCUGUCGAGUGGAUGUUUGGAAAUAUUACUAAGUAUUUCAGCUUUGUGGACUUUAAAAGGCAAAUGAAAUUGCAUCUGAGUCCUGUUGGAAAAAUCUACACUGUGGCAGCAUUGUUGCAGAAUGCUCAUACCUGCUUGUAUGAGAACAUUGUAUCUCAUUUUUUUUAUCUGAAGCCUCCUUCAAUCCAUGAAUAUUUCUGGUAA